UUCAAACUUAACGUAAAUUCCACCCGCCAAAUUAUUGAUCAUUCCUUUUGUUCUUCUUGCUUUGCUUAUCUUUGUCUUACUCUUCUUCUUACUCGCUAAGCACACAGGUGCACGCUCUUUUUCUUAUCUUUGUCAUUCGCAAUAUUCGUUCUCUCGCUUUCGGUCCGCAAAUUUGUCGUCGCUUGCGCAUUACAAAAAACAUUGUUAAAAUCAUAUGUUAAACAAUUAACAAAUACAUAAUUAAAAACUAAACAAUUGUGCACUGUGUAAACGAAAUCCAACAACAAAUUAAAAUCAAACAUUUUUACAUAUAAAAUCACGACCCUUUUGAUUCAACUAGACUCAGGUGGCAUAAAUUAAUGCCCUCCUCAAAACAUUUGGUGACCCCGACGUGAUCUUUGUGUUAGUAAAAGUGUUUUAAUAAAACAAUUAUAGUGGCAUAGUUCUUUUUGCAAUUCGGCAAAAAGACAUACAUACAAGCAUACAUAUAUAUUUGCACUUGCUACCUUUUGAGUAGUUGACUGGCCUGGAUUUUACGGCACGUUCAAGACCGUAGUUGGCAACAUGGAUGGCGUAUGUAAGCUGGAGAAGUUCCAGCAUCUUCGUUCCUGCUUAGACGGCGCAGCGCUGGACACCAUUCGUGCUUUAGAGCUUACUGUGACAAAGCCAUCGACUUGCUAAUUUCGAGAUUUGAUAACAAACUCUUGCAUUUUCAGGCACAUAUUCGGUCUCUGUUUGGGCUUUCAGGUGUGGAGAGAGGUUCUGCAGUCAGUUUGCGGCAGCUCAGCGAUGAAAUGAAUUCGCAUUUGCGCUCUCUUAAUUCGAUGGCAACCACGCAGGAGAUUUUGGAUGGCUUGUUAAUUCACUUGGUCACCUCGAAGCUGGAUCAAAAUACGCAGGAGAAAUGGGAGGAAGGAUUGCAAUCGAGCAAGCUGCUGAAGUGGACGGAUAUGGCAGCCUUCAUGGAAAAAAGAUGCCGUAUGCUGGAAAAUUUGGAAUAUGCCAUGGUAACCCAAGCACCGGGCAAGCAGGAUUGCUCAAAUUCAGGAUCGCACCAAGGAUAUGAAAUGGCACCACGUACCAACCGAUGUCAAUCCGGCUGACAUAUUGUCAAGAGGAUGCACACCACUCGAGCUACUGAAAUCA